GCGGAGUGUGGUGCACGUGUGGAUGGUGUACCAAAACAAUCGUUAUUUUUAGCUAAAUUAUAUAUCGAUUGAGUCGGAUAAACCUGACGAGUGUUAGUCACGGCCUGCACUUAAGCACAAUAAACGUGACUUAAGACUUUCUCAGUGCUGACUGGUCCAGUCUCAGCGCUGAGUGCUGACCGCACGUCCAGUCUGGGCUCUGACGGGUCUGCCGCGGUCGUCUGCCCGGCAGACAGAGCGCCGGGUCGCCGCUAUGUCGGGCCGUCCGCUGCUGCUGGUGACGCUGCCAGUGCUCACCGUGGUGGCCAUCUGCCUGUACCUGCGCCGGCGGGGACGCUCUGACUCGGACCCGCCCGAGCCGCCGGCGCCGGACCGAGCCCCCGCCGGGGGGUCCGCAGACGCAGAGCCGGAGCCGGCCGCAGUCCGGGCCGCGCCGCUGGCCGCCCAGCCGGCUGAGGCCGCUCGCUCCCAGCCGGAUGAUAAUGCACCGGAGCCGGCGGUGAAGGGAGACGCCCUCAGCGCACUGGAGGCGGCCAUCCAGCCGGCCUCCCAGCGAGAACAGCCGCCGCCGGAGGCCGGAGACGCGCCGGCCCAGGCGACGGAGCCCGCCGGAGCGGAGACAGAUGCGGUCACAGAGUCGGAGGAGCCGCAGACGAACAGUCAGGAGCCGCAGACGAACGGUCAGGAGCCGCGGGAUUCCGUUCAGGAGCCGGCCAUAACCAAGGAGGACGCGCCAACCGUCUCUUCGGAGGCUCCAGCCGUCUCCGCCGUGGCCCCUGCGGCCCUGGAGGCCACUCAGCAGUCUGAGGCGGCCCCGGAGGCCACCCAGCAGUCUGAGGCGGCCCCGGAGGCCACUCAGCAGCCGGAGGCGGCCCAGGAGGCCACCCAGCAGUCCGAGGCAGUGCCGGAGCCUUCUGGUGAGGCGGCGGCGGCCGGCGCCGAGGCGGCUGAGCCACCGGCGGGCGGCGCUGCCGAAACGGGCGCCGAUACGGCCAGCGAGAGCUCCAGCGACAGCGGCAAGGGCGGCAGCUCUGCCAGCCUGGAGCAGGCCUCUCCGGCCACCAGUCCCGAGUCGGCGCCCAUGCAGACCACCGUGUACGACUUCCUGAUACCGCAGAAACUGUGCGGCCGGCUGAUCGGCAAGAACGGCACCUUCGUCAACAUGCUGAAGGCGCGGACGGGCGCGCACGUCAUCAUCCGGCUGCACCCGGUCAAGUCGUCGGUGAAGAUCUGCUCCGUGGAUGGGACCCAGUCGGAGAUUGACGCCUGCCUGAAGCUGAUCCGGGAGAAGUUUCCCGUCAACAAGUUCCCGGCGAUGACGCUGGAGCAGCUGAAUCGUCCCAGCGAGCAGGCGCUGGCCGUGCCCGACAGUCAGCAGCUGCACCUGCCGCAGGGCGUCACCUGCGACGUGCUGGUGUCGGCCGUGGUGACGGCCGGCCAGCUGUUCCUGCAGCAGCACACGCACCCGACGUUCCGCGGCCUGGAGCGGCUCACCACGCUGAUGGCCGCCUGUUACGGCGACGGCGGCUCGACGCCGGAGCUGCCGCGACCCGUGGUGGCCUCGUCGAUCUGCGCGGCGCCCGUGGCCGGCGGCUGGUACCGCGCCCAGGUGGUGGCCUACUACCCCGACUCGGACGAGAUGGACGUGCGCUUCAUGGACUUUGGCGGCUACAGCCGGCUGCCGGCCGCGCUGGCCCGCCAGAUCCGCACCGACUUCAUGUCGCUGCCUUUCCAGGCCGAGGAGUGCUACCUGGCCAACGUCAUGCCCGUCUCAGAGGACGGCUGGAGCCUGGAGGCCGGCGCCGUGUUCGAGAGUCUGAUCACGGACCGCGCGCUGGAGGCCAUGGUGGUGGGCUACGCCGAGGACGGCACGCCCUUCGUCAACCUCUACAGCAUCCAGGGCACCGAGUACGGCAACAACGCCAUCACUCUGGUCAACCAGCGUCUCGUGGAGAGCGGCGCCGCCCGCUGGGUCGAACUCCAGGCGUAGGCGCGGCCGACGCGCCCCGGCCGCCGGGCGGCCAGCUAUGCAGUCCGCGGGAGCUGAUCUCCCUCCCAGACAGUCAGACAGACGUACUUAUUUUUCUGUGGAUCGGCGUCUGUGCGCGGUAGUGAGAUGUGUUGUGAAGGGCCGAGCGGACCGGCACGGGCCGGUACCAGCGGCCCGGCCCCGUGCCGCCAGUGUGGGACGGUGGGCCGGCGGGCUCUGUGUCCGAGGCAGCGGCGCGCCGGCCUCUGCGGGCUGAGGUCGCCGUGACGGUGCGGCGAUGGAGACACGCAGCGGCCGGCGCGGGUGAACAGAGCAGCCGUGUGCCGGCGGAGUGCGGGCCCGCCGCGUGCUCCGCCCGCUCGGGUCCCGCCGCGGCAGUGACAGUGACCGUGCACUCCGCUCCGGCUCUGCUGGGGCCGGGCUACCCACCCAGCCCCGCCCCUCCCUCCGGCGGUCUACAAUGGACAGGAGCUGUGAAGGAAUGUGAUGACAUGGUGUUACAUAAUGAUCCAGGAUUUCUUGAUUGAUAUUUGGAUGCAUGUAUGCUGGUCACGAGUUCAUGUUGCAUAACAUAACGGCCCUAGCAAGAAACGUAUCGUCACAGGUGCGAUAUUUUGAAGCCCUCUUCUUGGACCAAUGUUAUGGUUGUAAAAUUAUCGACAUCUUGCUUCCUUUUUGCGAGCCAAAGAUGUUUGGGUAUUUUAUAUUGUUAGGCGAAUUGAAGGGUGUGCUCACGAACAUGUAUCUGCUGUCGCGGUGUUCACGUGCCGCUGCCUCCAGCGGGCGGCGCGGCUCUCCGCUCGGCGAGCUACGACUGGCGACGGAGCCACACGUGGGCCGCCGAUAUUUUCAUCAAGUUUUGCGUCAGACCUGUGCAUAGUAUACCGUGCAUCAGACCCGUGUACCGUGGGUGAGACCCGUGUACCGUGCGUCAGACCCGUGUACUGUGCAUCAGACCCGUGUACCGUGCAUCAGACCCGUGUACCGUGCAUCAGACCCGUGUACCGUGCGUCAGGCCCGUGUACCGUGCGUCAGGCCCGUGAGCCGUGCAUCAGACCCGUGUACCGUGCGUCAGGCCCGUGUACCGUGCGUCAGGCCCGUGAGCCGUGCAUCAGACCCGUGUACCGUGGGUCAGACCCGUGUACCGUGGGUCAGACCCGUGUACCGUGCGUCAGACCCGUGUACUGUGCAUCAGACCCGUGUACCGUGCGUCAGACCUGUGCGUCAGGUGUGUUUCAGUCCCACGUUGCGUUGGUAGGCGGGCUCGGAGGCGGGUUGGGGCCGUGUCGUUAGUGUAUUUUUCUCGUCGUACGCUGCUCGGUGUGAGUGAGUGAGUUGUGUGAGCGGUACCGCGCGGGCCGAGUGGUUUGUCGGCGGUGCCCGCUGCGGGUCUCGGCGGUAGAGGGGUCUCGGUGGUAGUCGCGAUGCUGCGUAGUGUGGGCGACUGGCGCCCCUAGCUCCGAGUAGAUGGGUGCUGGUGUCGCAGAGUAGCAGAGUUUCUGGCGCGCCCUCGCUGUGUGCGGUGCCCGGCCGAGCCCAGCACGGGCUCUCUGUCCAUCGCUAACAGAUUUGAUUGUCGCCGUCGUGUCCGUUGGGUCGUGACUACCAAAUUAUCUGUCUCGCUCUGGCGGCUGCCGGGAGGUCGCGGGCCGAUCUUUAUCGUUCAGCUGGUACAAACCCACAUCCCUGUGAGGCGACGGAUGGCUGUCUGUACGCCGGCAGUCGGCGCCGCUCGGGUCGCGUGCAGUGUGCGCCGCCGCCCGUUCUCUAUGCCGCGAUGUACGUACCGCCGUCUGCGCGCGCUCCCUCAGCCCGGUACAUCGACCUUUUCUGUUGCUCUUCGCCUUUUGUCAGACGAAAUACACCGUUUUCCGAUC